AUGGCUCUUGCAGCCCUGGGAUCCCUGACAGAUAAGCUGAUCGCUGCUGUUGUCAAUCUCCCCGCACAUCAGAAUGAGUCUACACGCGCCUUGAAUCUGAAGCGCCGUGUUGAGGGAUCUUUACGUCCUAGCGGCCAUGGUCUCACUGAUCAGUUCGUGGUGGCCCGUCAGCUAGAAGGCUUACAAGAGAAAUUUCAAGUCGUCAAUCGAGACGACUUGGCUGAGGCCCUGCAGGAGCGCCUCGUCAAAUUAGAGGGCUAUCACAUUUCGUGGACACCAGAGAUCCUGAGCCUGUUCCUGCAAUUAUCCGAUCGCCCGGCUGCAUUGUCUAAACUGGACAAUCUUUCCAAGCCUACACAGGCACCGGCCGAGGAGACAUUGUCAUCGUCUGACCUGAAGGGCCUGGGUGGUGCUUUCAGCGAGGAAGAUCUAUGGGAGCAGGUGGACUUUGCUGCAGAUUCAUCAGAAGAUGAAUUGGCCUCAGUCUCUAGCGCAGAGUCACGUCCUCGAGCUCCGCCUCGUACCCCUAGUUUUUCGGAGCAAGAAUACGUCAUCCCGGACGAGAUCUUUGUUCCAGGGGAGGACAAAGACCUUAUCACCUCUAUAGAAAAAGUCCAGUUUUGGAAGCCAGAAGUUCAUCAACAAGUCACCCGAUGGAAUGGAAAUGCACCCCGAGUCAUUACUGAAUUACAGCUCGCAAGAGAAACAAUAUUUAUGCUGCAGGGCCUGCCAACCUCUAUCUUCUGGCGCCUCGACGACGGCAUUGCAGUGGAUCGCAGUUAUAAUCUUGCGCAUUCGUCUAGCCAGGCUCUGUCCUCACUUUUGCACUCGUUCACCGAAAUUGGUGCUCAGGUUGAUGUCGUGCGACGGUUUACCCACAUCUCCCAGACAAUCCCUUAUAUGCAGACUUUUAGCCGGGGACUUGAACACCGCCUGCUCGAGUUUGACACUUUAUUUGCUCAGACCCAAUGUCAAUAUCUCUCCCCUGGCUCCACUGUCAGUCUUCUCCAGUUAUUGGAUGAUGUUCGCCUGCGUUCUCACAAUCUGCUGGUCCUGGCCGAUCUUAUUGCUAGAUUGAGCCAGGAUCAUACACAACCGAUGCGCUGCCUCGACUUACUCUAUGAUUCUGUUUGCAUGCAAGAAGCUCUUGGCAAUGAUAAUGAAAUGAAAAUGCUCAGUGCCCUAUUCUUUUCAUGCUUCAAGACCUAUACUCGAUCCAUUCAGCUCUGGAUGGAAACUGGUCAAGUUGAUUCCCUGGACACUGCCUUUUUCGUCCGAGUGAAUCGAGAAAAUGGAGACUUGCGAACUUUGUGGCAUGAAUGGCAUUUGCUUGAGGUGGGCGUUCACCGACAGAAUAUCCCUCAAUUCCUAGAGCCUGCAGUCAACAAAGUCUUUACAACAGGAAAGAAUAUGGUCUUCUUGCGGCAUUUGAACGCGCUUCCAGAACAACCAGAUACAGAAACACCCGAGACGUUAUUUGACCAUACCGAUAUCCCAGAAUCAUCAUUUAUAUCCCUUCCAUUCUCUGCAAUAGUGGAGUCGGCAUUCGAUAAACUGGUCGAUGCCAACCACUCCGUCAGUGCUGGAAUACUGCGAGCCGAACUCGAUGAACAAUGCGGUCUAUGGAGCUCCCUCGAUGCCCUGGAGCAUGUAUACCUCGGCACGGACCUGAGUAUACUUGGGACGAUUGACAACAAGAUCUUUGAGUUGAUGGAUCGAGGUCGCGCAUGGGAUGACAAGUUCUUGCUCACUGAAGUGACGAGAUCAGCAUUCAGCCUGAAGCCUGGUAUUGAUGUGUCUAGACUUGUCGUGCGAUCGGAAAGAUCCUCACAUCAUGAUCAAAAUCGUUCGGUCCGCAUUCUUGAAUCGGUUUCCAUCGACUACGUUCUACCAUGGCCAAUUGCGAAUAUUAUCACUCAAGAUGCAAUUGAGUCAUACCAGUGCAUCGCCAGAUUUCUCAUGCAGAUCCGACGGGCAAAAUAUGCUUUAGUCAGACAACGUGUUCGAGAUGCUCGUAUCCUGAAUGGUGAUACCGCCCACACCCUUGUUCAUGGUCUCCAUCAUCACCUCUUAUGGUUCCUGGACGUCCUCUACUCCCAUCUUACAUAUUUUGUCAUAUCGACCGCAAAUCAAUCAUUACGGGCCACUCUUACCAACACCGAAGAUGUGGACGCCAUGAUUGCCGCUCACCAGUCUUAUAUGUCCUCCCUUGAAAACCAGUGUCUCCUCUCAGAAAACCUAUCUCCGAUCCACGAGGUCAUUAUCAGUAUCCUGGACAUGUGCAUUCAUUUCGCAGAUUUACAAGCUGCACAUGCAUAUGAGACGACCGCUUCGGAAGAUGGGAUGUCCGACUCACGCUUCAUUACGAGUAAAUCGCGGCGCAGUGUUGGAGCCGACAAUACAUUUGACAGCGAUUCGGACGAGGAUGAUGAAAACGAGCUUGAGCAUGAACAAACUUUGACAGUAUCUUUCAAAGACUUGCCUUUUGAUCUUCAGAUGCAGAACCUUAAGCAUCAAUUUGACCAUUUGGCUGGUUUUGUUGCGGAUGGCCUGAAGGGAAUUGCUCGCGCAGAUGGACUGCCCAGCUGGAAUAUUUUGGCGGAGCGCCUGGAGUGGAGGAAUCGUUUAGCUUAA